GCUCGUGGGGUGAGGGCUGGACCUGAUGGAGGACACAGUUCUGGUGCAGUGUGCUGAUCGGGGUGCUUCUGUGGGGCAGGGGCAUGGGGAAAAGCCCCUUCUAGCAAACCAGAGCUGUAGGGGAGAGCCCCAUCCCUCCUUGGCAGCCAUCGGUGUGCUCCGACCCUCGGUGGGUACCGGUCAGUGAUGCUGGUGGCCCCGUGCAUCGCUGUCCCCCUGGGGCUGGCGCUGGGAGGCAGCCAGGAGGACCCAUUCCUGCAGAGCUCUGCUCUCCCCAGGUACCGCCGAUGAAAAUGACUUCCCUCGUUUGCGCUGAUGCUCUCAGUGGAGGUUUUGGCCUUUGGACUGAAGACCUGACACCAGCUUGAGCACCGGGAUGUGCAGCUGAGUCCUGCUGGGCUCUGGCAUUUGUCAAGUUUGUGGCCAGCUUUGGAGGAGGGUGUUUGCUUUUCAAGAGCCUGAGCUUGUUUGGUGUGAAACCUCAGCUCCCUGGAGCGGGUAAAUGCUCUGCAGGGCAAUGCUUGGUUGAAAACUGAGGUGGAGGAGCAAGUUCCUUGAAAAUGCUUCAACUAACUGUAGUCUGGGUGAGUGGGGGGAGACGUGAGCUCCCUGUCAGCCCCCCAGCCUGAUGGAGGUGGUGGGGAGGUGGCAAGUGAGCCCCACAGCAGGAUGUCUGAAGCCACCAAAAUAAUGAUCCAGGAAAGUGUGAUUCAGGGCAGGGUGAACAGCCACACCAGGGGCCUCCUGCAGGAGAACCACCAGCUCCAGGAGGUCACAGAGGGCCUGAAGAUCCCAGUGGACCCCUGGAGAACAGGGAGCAGGACAUGGCCACGUGCAGUUUGCAGUCACAGGGUCCCAGACAGUACGUGCACGGGUGCUGUGGCAGGAUGGAGAGCUGAUGGGAGGUUGGGGACGCCUUUGCCACUUUGCCUGUCCCUUGGCUGCAGGUAACCUCGCUGCAGACCUUGCAGCUUGAGGAGCUCUUGGCUGGGAGCUGCAGAUGGAGAGGGUGAAGGUCUUUUGCCAGCUGGAGCAGAUGAAGGAAGCAGCAGCAGUGCUGUGGUACACGUGGCACAGCAAGGGUCCUGGGACAUGUUCCAGUGCCCGCUGGGACGCAGGCAAGGAGCCACCAUGCUCUCAGGGCUUGUAGGGCAGGCAGGACGUGCCAAGGAGAACCCAGGGUCUUUGGGAUGCUGGAGUGGUGGUGGUGGGGAGAAGCCAUUCCCUGAGCUGCCCGCUCUGGCAAGGGACCUGUAACAGGGCUGGCCAGGAGGAGCCAGAGUUCCUCCAGCUUUCAAAAACUCCAGUGUUCUGGCACAAAAACCCUAACUCAGAAACUAUGACGGCCCCACAACCUCCCCACUGCUUGCUCCAGCUCAGUGGGAGCAGACCUCAUGAGCUGGUGAGCUAGGAAAUUCCAGGCAGCUCUGGCUUUCCAUGACACACGGUGCUGGGACACUGCUGCAGCGCAUCCACGAAGCAGGGAACAUGCAGGUGAGGACGGGAAGGUGAUGUUUGGAAAGUGCUGCGUGAGGCUAAAGCCACCAGCAGGGACCUCAGGGAGGGACCCAGGAGGCAGCAGCCCCUGCCCAGCCACCCUGCAGUCAUGAUGGUGCAGAAGGUGGUGAUAUCUUGGUGCUGUCAGAAGGGCUGGCUGGCCAAACAACUAAAAAGGGUCUCCUGCCUUCCUCCUGUUCAUGUCCCUGCUCGGAUCCCUUCUGUAUGUUGUCCCUAUUGUCCCUGCCCUGUGCUCCAGUUUGGCCCUGCAGCUCUCCAGGUGCACCCAAUUUCCCCCAGAACCUCCCUAAGGGCUUCCAACAAGAAACCUUUAGAGCUGCAGCCACCUUCAUGGGCCACCCCUUGCAGCACUGGGACUGCCAUCGUGGGGACAAACUCGGAUGGCACCCAGCUACCAGGGUGCCUGGCAGAUAUGGAGCUGCCAGUGCUGGUCCCCAACAGGCAGCUGAAGGGCGAGGGGAUGGUGCUGGGCCAUGAGGAGCGGCCCCCAUGCCUUCCCUGGGUGUGUGGGGCCCAGCUCCAAGAAACAUGAGGCUGGCCGAGGUUUGUGCUGGGCUGCGCCAGGACGCCGGGCUCCUGCCAAGCCUGGCGGGGCCGCGAGAGCUGCUUGUUUCCAUGUCCGCCGCCCUGCCAAAACGGCGUCUGCCUUGGGGAGGCGGGGGGAAGAGGGCAAAGGGAAAAAAAGGGAAAAGAGGGAGAGAAAAAGGGGAGAGAGGGGAACAGGGACUUGUCAGCAGCAGAGGGGGGAAUGGGAGCUGGGGAUGAUGAGCCCUGCACUGAGGAGGGGACAGCACCUGUCCCACCAGGACCCCCUGCCACUGCACAGCACUAACAGGGCUAGACCCCAUCAUGUCCCUGUGGGGUAAAAGGACAAAAUCCCCCAUGUUAUGCUGCAAGCACCCGGCCACGGGUGGAUGCUGAGCCCCUCUCCGCAGGGACGUGCCCUGAGGCCAGCCGCCCCCUCACAGGGCACCUCCCCAGCGCCAUCUUGUUGGGGGGGGGGUGGUGGGGGCAGCCAUCUUGCUCCCGGGCACCGCCGCCAUCGUGGUUGCGGGCGGGGGGCAGCAUCGUGGGGCCGGGCUGGGCUCCUCUGUGCUGCCUCCUCCGCUCCCCUGGGGGUAUGGAGGGACCCUUCCCUGCCCCUUCUCCCUUCCUCCUUCCUCCCAGCUUUGGCCGUGGCUGGGGUGCCCCCCAGGAUGCUGGCUGGGGGGGGGGAUGCUCAGGAGGGGCUGUGGGGCAGAGGAGGGCUGCAGGGAGCUGUGUGCUGCUGCAGGGGGGCGCGGAGAUGGCUGCUGAGGAGCUGUUUGCGACAGCAGUGCCUGAGGAGCAGCUGGAGGCCGGCAGGGAGAGGGCUCUGCAGAGGAUCUUUGGGUCCAGCCGCUGCCUGCGCAGCAUCGAGUGCCCCAGGGAAGCGGGGCCCUUUGGUGCGGUUGUGCAGGGCAGGAUGCGGGAGCACUGGCAGAAAGGGCUGGAGUUCUCCUCCUGCGGCCAGUGGGAGGAAGCCAUCAUCUGCUACACGAAAGCCAUCGGCCUGGAUCCGCAGCGGGCAGAGCUGUACGAGCAGCGGGCAGAGGCUUUCCUCCAGCUCUGCGACUUCCAGUCGGCUGCUCUGAACUUCAGGAAGGUGCUCACACUGGGACCCGCGCGGGAGCAGCACUGCCUGGCUCGCUUAGCCCUUGUCCUUGACCUACAGGGACGAUGUCUGCUGGACCAGGAGCUCUACAGCGAGGCCCUGGAGGCCUUUACGCGAGCAGCUGAGCUGCAGCCCCACCGCAGGGUGUUUCGCAGGAGGAGCAUCUUGUGCCUCGCUGCCCUCAACAAGUUCCCCGAGUGCCUCCGGAUGCUCAACAGAGACCUGGCGGAGGAUGCGAGGAACCCUGACUUGUACGUGCUGCGUGCCUCCUUCUACGAGCACUUCGGGCAGCUGUCCCUGUGCCACCAGGACAUCCAGCGGGCCCUGGAGCUGGACCCGCAGCACGGAGCUGCCCAGGCGCUGCGGCAGAGGCUGCAGAGGCGAGGCCUGGAGGCCAAGGCUGAGGCAGUGUCAAAGGCUCUGUGUGGGGACCUGCGUGGGGCCCUGCUCAGGAUCAGCUUUGCCAUCGAGACCAACCCCUCGGCUGCCGAAUUCUUCACCCUCAGGGGGGCCCUCCUCCGACGGCUGAAGGACUUCGGUGCAGCCUUAAAGGACUUGGCCAAGGCGAGGCAGCUGUGUGCCGACGAGGGCCCGGAGGCUCAGGAGGCUCGGCGGCAGCUGGUGCUCACCUACAACGACCGUGCCGUGCACUGCUAUGCCCGGGGCCAGCUCAAUGAGGCUGUGAUGCUCCUUGGGGAGGCUCUGCGAGAUGAGAGGACAGAGGAGGGGCUCUAUGUCAACAGAGGAGACUGCUUCCUUCGCCUGGGGGAGCUGGCCCACGCGCUGGCGGAUUACCAGCAGGCGCUGGAGCUGAGCCCAGGGAACCUCGGUGUGCAGCGACGUGUUGCGGCAGCGCUGCACGAGCUGGGUCGUCGGGACGUGGCAGCGAGGUGGUACCAGCAGGCAGAGGCUCGUUUCUCUGCUACCAUUGAGCACGACCCCCAGGAAGCUCUGCACCACCUGCGCCUGUGCCCACAGAAGGUGCAGAGCACGAGGGAGGACACCUUGCAGAGCCUGCGGCUGGACCCCAUGGACAGUGAGAUCCUUUCCCUCACACACCACCUCUUUCCAAGAACGACUGUGCAGCCUAUCCUGAGGAGUGAGACCGGACGCCUCACCCAAGAAACCUUGGAGAAAACGCUUCAGAGCCCUCCAGAACCCACAAUUUUGGCCGAUGACACCUGGUGUGACAGCAGUAGGUUCCCACGUAAGUGGCGCCCCCAGGAAGCUCAGCAGAGCUGGCCCAGCCAAAGUUUGCGAGGUCUGACCAGUAGAAAGACGUAAAAGAGGCUCAGCAGCUGAUAGCACCUACUCCUCAGUCUGCUGUAGAAAUCAAUAUUGAAUAAAAGGAAUUUUAAAAACCA